AUGUCCACCAUAACAAAUAGUACAGAAAAUCAUGAUACAUCACCAAUUACCCCGGGAAAUUGGACCUCAGAAGAUAUUAAAAUGAUUUUAGAUCCAAGGAUAUAUUCUUAUUUUUAUAUAAAUAAAACUUAUCCAGGAACAGAGGGUAAUUCCAAUAAAUGUUCUUUUAUAUCAACACCACAAUUAGAAGAUAAUAUAACAAUUGCAGGCCAACCAGUAGUUUGGCAUUGUCCAGCCGGUAAUUUUUGUUUGGGCCCAAGCGAAAUUCCAUUACCAUGUACGGCUGGUUUUUUUUGUCCCGAAAAUUCAGCACAACCAGUUUAUUGUUGCAAAGGAUAUUAUUGUAGCAAAGACACGAAAUUUGUGACAAUUUGUCCCGAAGGUUAUCAAUGUGGCUUUGGUACAGUGGAUCCAAUACCAUGUGGCAUAGCUUCACGUUGUCCGCCAGGUUCAAUAGCCAUAAACAAAUAUGGCUCGCUAUUAUUUUUAGUUGCAACGAUAAUGAUAGUGCUUUUGGUGCUUUAUGUUCAAGAGAAAAUAGAAUCCUUGAAAACGAAAAAAUAUCAAAAAUUAUUAGUCGAUCAAAGUUUGACACAAAAAACGAAAUUGAAUCCUUUAUCAAAAACAUUCGAUAUUGAAUUUAAAAACCUAGGUCUAAUUUUAUCAAAUGGCGUCGAAAUUAUCAGAGGUAUUACUGGAAGUUUACAACACGGGAGAACUUGUGCAAUUAUGGGACCAUCAGGUUCUGGCAAGACAACAUUCAUGGCACUUUUAUCCGGCAAAACUAAAAGAUCAAAUGGCAUUAUAAAGGUGAAUGGUGUAAUUGAAGAUUUACAUAAACAUCGAAAGUUGGUUGGAUUUGUUCCACAAGAAGUUCGCGAGAUUUUAAUGCAUUCUGCGUUAAUGCGUCUACCCACAAAUAUGAGUCGGGAAGCAAAGAAAAAAAGAGUAAUUGAAGCAAUUCAAUUUUUAGAAUUAACAAAUGUUAUGAAUUCAUGUAUAGGCGAUGAAGAAAAACGCGGAAUAUCUGGGGGGCAGCGUAAACGCGUAAAUAUUGGAAUGGAACUUGUGGCAGAACCAUCUAUACUAUUUCUAGCAAGUUUAGAUUCAGUGACUUCAUUUGAAGUUUGUUCACUACUAAAAAAUGUUGCGCACCAACAAGGAUUAACUGUGGCAGCAGUUAUUCAUUCACCUUCGCCACAAGCAUUCAAUACAUUUGAUGAUUUUGUGCUGUUAUGUAAAGGUGGUAGACUCAUAUAUAAUGGAGUACGUGAAAAUGCAAUCAGCUAUUUUUCAAGUCUUGGCUAUGUAUUCCCACCAGAAAUGAGUUGUAAGGAAUCAUGUCAUAUGAAAAUAGUAAUGGAACCAGAAAUAAAGUUAUCGUCACAGUAUUCUUCCUGCUCUUCCGCCACCAUUACCACCACAACUACCACAACCACCCCUACCACCCCAACCGCCUCCACCACAACCAUUACCACCUCUACUACAAAAAAUUCGAAAUUAUCACCAAUCAUUCAAUUCAUCAAAGAUAAAAUAAUAAUUCCAGUCACCCGACUACUAAAAGAUAUUCAACUAUACAUUGAGGAUGUGAUUUUUGAAUUGAUUUAUUUUAUAAAAAAUAUGUUUUUGAAUGAUCCAGUACGACAAACACCAAAUAGUUUCUCGGUUUUUAUAUUAUUGUUGAAACGAUCUCUAUUACAAAUUUAUAGAAACAAAACACGAUUUGUGAUGGAUCAGAUAUUAAAUUUUUUUGCUGGUUCAUUUCUUUCAGCAUCUGUCAGUAACUACAGAUAUAUCGGUGCUCCACCACAAGAAUUAUGUGUGAUUAUGCCGAUGGUACUUCGCCAAUAUUGUCAAUCACCACUAGAUACUUUACAAUAUUUGUCCACGUUUAUGAUUUUGGGACUUACAUUCUGUGGAAUUUAUGGUAGUAGUACAACAUUUGGUUGCGAGAAAGUGGUUUAUUGGCGCGAAAUAUCAUCAGGAAUGUCAGCAAUACCGUAUUUUUUUGCAAAAGCCGUAGCAGAUAUACCAAGAUUAAUAGCAGCAUCACUUAUGUUUUCAAUAUCAUUUAUAAUGUUUUAUUCAAAUGAAACAAAAUUUUCUGAUCAUUAUUUAAUUAUUUUAUUAAGUUAUAUUGCAGCUUGGGGUUCAGGAUAUUUCAUAUCAAUCAUUGUGAGCAAAGAACAAAUAGGACUUGUGGGCACAGCAUUUGCACUUGCAUGGGGUUUGGUAUUUGGAGGAUCUAAUCCAACUUUAACAGAAGUUGAAUCUAAUUCAAGUUAUGCAAGCAUACGUUGGUUAUGGGAGAUUUCAGCACAAAGAUGGGCAAUUGAAGCAGCAUAUUUAAAAGAACUUUCGUCAAAAGCAUGGCAUGAAAUUCACGACGCACCAUUAAAUUUUACAUAUAAAUUUGACGAGUAUGAUAAAUGUUUGAGAAAUAUUUGUUUGAUUGCAUCAUGUUGGUUUUUAUUGGCAUUUUUGGCAUUAAAAUUAAUCAAUAGAGAUAAACAAAAAUAA